CACCAGAACACGAUCGACUUCACGGCCUCAGCAGUCGAACCUACCAGCAAGGGUAGGGCAUCACCACAGUAAACUGCUACGCGUCGCGUUCUACCCCUUAUUCAGCCUCUCUCAAUGCGACCAACCCCUCACCCAGUCUGCGUCCUUCCACCUCACCCUUAGGUCUCCAACGCGCCGAACGCUCAAGCAUACUCCCGACUGCGCGCACAUCACUGGAGGUGAAUCACUGGCCAUGACGACGCCUAUGCCAGGCACGCCGCGGCGGCCUGCAUCCAGCAGAGUCCGUUCAAGCCGACCCAAGUCAGUUGGCGCCCCCCAUUCUGAAAAAUCCACCCCUGCAGACAUCUCAUCCGAACCCCCUCUAAAGAAGCGAAGAUAUAUCCCAGGUGGCCCAGGUGGUGGAGGUAGAUAUGUGGAUGAAGAUGGAACAGAAAUACCAGUAGGCGGCACCGGCCCUGGAGGUUAUAAUUAUGUGGGGCCUCGAGGUCGAAUUGGUCGACAAAAUGCUGCCAUGGGCCUGGUACCGCAGGUCUAUCCUCGACGAGAUAGGAGUACUCGCACACGGACAGUCUUGCCUCGCUCACAGCAACCCCCAAUGAGGUUCAGUUCUGCUGCUCAGGCCGCAGCCGUGGUUCAGAGUGAUGGAUACAAGCCACGAGAGGAGCGCGCAUGGGAAGAGUUCCAUCCAAAUUUGGACAUUGACGCUGCUCUUCGAGCGUUUAGUUCUCACGAGGUUGAAGGAAUCCCAGAGCCAAGGCCCGUCACGCCUGCUGGCGCACCACAAUCUGCAGAUGGAUCCAUGAAUGGAGGGCUGACCCCGAACGGUCUCGAAGGCCCAGGGGCGAAGAGCGAAGGUGUUCUCACACCAUCUGGUUCACUCAAUGGUGAACUGUUGACUAUUAGCAUCCCUGGAACUCCCGGCGGGGGCAAGAGAAGACCUGGUCGGCCUCCAAAGGAUCCUGUCGCGUUCUUUGCAGCUCGAGCAGCAAAGUUGGGCAAGGGUUUAAUUAUAGGCACUCCGGAAGCCCCCAAGCUCCUUCCACCUGUGAUUAAUAUCAACACGAAAGAAAAACUGACCUUACCACAACCAUCUUACCGAAAGACCGACACAUUAGCACGGUUCGAGGAUAAAGCACUUGGACUUGUCCGGUACGUUGAUAAAUCUAUGGCCAAUGUGGGAUAUCAGGAGAGCGAUAUAUAUGUCCGGCCUGAGGGAGCUCUCAUCAAGACUAAGGACAUUCACAUUGACGACGAUAUCGAUGUUGGACCUGUUUUAAAGAUAGAGGGUGAAAUUAUAGGCGCAUCUGGUAUCGGCAGAGAUGCUGUUGGUCGUGUCGAAUACGAUAUGGACGAACAGGAUGACAAGUGGUUGGAGGCUUACAAUGCGGAACGGAAGACCUCACCUUCGGAGUCCAUCACACGAGAAAUAUUUGAAAUCACCAUUACCAGGAUCGAAAAGGAAUGGCAUGCGCUCGAGAAGAGAAUCCCGAAGCCAAAUCCCAAGCCACCGCAAACGCAUCGGCCUAGAUCAAGCUCUGCUGCUGCUGUUAAUGGGGAGCCUCAAGUUGGUGAAGAACAGGACAGUAAGUGUGCUAUAUGCGAUGAUGGGGACUGUGAAAACACAAAUGCUAUCGUGUUCUGCGAUGGCUGCGAUUUGGCUGUCCAUCAGGAGUGUUAUGGUGUUCCGUUCAUUCCUGAAGGCCAGUGGUUGUGUCGGAAAUGCCAACUUAUUGGUCGCGGUAUUCCGACUUGCAUCUUCUGUCCGAACACAGAUGGGGCUUUUAAACAAACCAACGCAUCUAAGUGGGCUCAUCUCCUCUGUGCAAUGUGGAUCCCUGAAGUCUCACUUGGUAACCAUACAUUCAUGGAGCCGGUCAUGGAUGUUGAAAAGGUACCAAAGACUCGGUGGAAGCUAACUUGUUAUCUCUGCAACCAACGAAUGGGUGCUUGCAUCCAAUGCGGAAACAAAGCCUGCUAUCAGGCAUUCCACGUUACUUGCGCAAGAAGAGCCCGUCUUUUCCUGAAGAUGAAAAAUAGCCACGGGACACUGGCUGUCCUCGACGGCACCACUGUCUUGAAGGCUUUCUGCGAUAGGCAUUGCCCGUCAGACUACGCAAGGGACAACGACGUGGCCCGAGCGACUCGGAAUGCACGCAUUUUCUACAAAAGGACUAUGCGUGGACGACUAUGGGCGGACAGCCAAGCUUCUGCAUUGGCAAUGGCUGCCACACAUCGCCAUGCCAUCACCGAGCAUCAGCCCGACGAGUCUCAACUUACAGGUGUCAAGGUGGCCUUGACCUUCGCCGAUGCAAAGAAGAAAGGCAAUCAACCUCAAAAGCCGAUAUGGAAACUUCCUUCCGGUGCCCCCGUCGUUCCUUUAGCCGUAUAUAAUAAGGUUCUCCUUUCCAUGGCGCGGUUUACUAUUUUCAAGCGCAAAGAAUAUUUUGCUGAUGCCUGUCGAUACUGGACACUCAAGCGAGAGGCUCGGCGGGGGGCCGCACUCCUCAAGCGACUUCAACUUUCUAUGGAGACUUUCUCUUCUAUGGAGCUGACUCGGCGAAAUUGGUAUGGCAUGGGUGCUGCCGGUAGACCGAGACUUAGCAGAAGGAUCGAGUUCGCCGAGACACUCGUCCAAGAUUUGGAAAAACUGAAAUCACUCUCUGAGGAGAUCAAGAAACGAGAACAAGAGAAACUGUGGGCCGUGGAAUUGGAAGAGGAUGUUGUUGAGACAGUUUACUUCCCUGUCGCGAGAUUUCUGCCUGUAGUUGUUGAGAAGGCUUUGACUCUCGACAUCAAAGCCAUCUUCACCGAUGGUCUACUCAGACUCCAGAAAAGGGUUCAAGACCGCUUCUACGCGAAGGCUUUGGAUUUUACGCAUGAUUUGAGUGAUCUCUUCCGAACAGGCAUAAAUACCGAGCCUCAGCCGAAACCCGAGACCGCCGUGGCAAAAGAGCUUGAGAAAUCUUCCCCAUCUAAGAAGACCGUUCUCGAUGUGAGAGGUCGCAGAAGUCUUGGGAAGAGGAUUCUCAAGGCCGUCCAGCCCCAACUUGAGGCGGCAGUUAGGGCUGAAGCUGACAUUAGCGGCCAACCGGCCGAGAAGCAACUGAAGGAAUUCGAGCAACUGAUUGAAUCUGCGUUACAGACAGGACCAGAUUCAAUUUCCAUGGGCGGAUCCGUCGGAGAUGCUGAGGGCGAUCGCGAACAUGAUGUUGAGAUGACUGAUGCUGUUCAGCCUCCCAAAACGAACGGCCACCGACGAACUCGCUCUAAAGUGAUAUCAGAAGCUGCUGAUGUUGCCAUGGAAGGCGCGCCGGCCGAAGAUGACGAGGAUGCUAAAAUUGCUGUUGGCGAGGAUACCAUCGAGGCCCUCGCCGAAGUCAACGGCAAUGUAUCACAAACGAAGACAAGCAACGUCAGCGGCAACAAAAACGCGACUACACCCCCUGAUACGAAUGGCUACUCAUCAGCCCCUGAAAACAUGCAGCCUUCUCCUCCGACGCCGCCGGUAUCGAAUCGUGAUAUCGGCAGUGACCACAUUGAUUUUCUAGCGAACGGAGGCAUACCUUGGUACCUAAAAGAUUUCCAACCCGAAGGCACGAGCUUGUUACAAGGAAACGAGGGUGGGGCCAGCUUGAACGAUAUUGGUAUGAAUGAGGAUGCGAUCGCCAAUGGAGAUUUCGGAGACAUCGUUGCAGCAGCAGUGAUGUCUAACCCGCCGAAAAGCAAGAAAGGAAAGGCCAAGAAGAAAGCUGGAGGUCGGAGGAGAUGAAGACCCUUUUGCCAUAUUGUAUUUGAUAUUGUAUUGAUAGAUUCUUCAUUCGCUCCACUUUAGGGCUUUGCGAUAGGGGAGUCUCGAGUCUUGGAGUUCCAGUGGGUUCUAUGACGGGAGGGAGUUUGCUGAGGGUCUCGAGGCAUGAUGCAUAAUAUUUCGAAGGAAUUGAAUUUUUUGAGACCAGAGCUUAAUUCUUUCCAAACCU